UCAGUUAAAGCGUAUAACCACUUCAAUAACCAUAAAGUAUUUUUUCUAUUAAAUUGAUCAAUUCCAAUAUUCGCAGUUGUUUUUCGAACAUCUAAAAGUAAAGACUUAAAAAUAAAAUUUUAUUAAAUAGAAAAUAAAAGUUAAAAAAUUGUUAUCAUAAAAAUAACUGUUAAAAAAGAUAAAAGAGAAGUGUUCAGAAAAUAAAAUAUUCAUAGAAGAAAAUUUAAAAAAAAAAAUAAAAUAAAAAUGAAAUUCUUAUUGGGAUUAAUUGCUACUUUAAUGAUUGCUACAUCGAUAGCAAUUCCAGUUAAUAAUCCAAAUGAUGACGUUGAAAAUGUUGAAGUUGCAUAUCCACAAAGAAAUGUAGAAGAUGUUGAACCAGUUUAUACACCAUUCUUGGUUCCAAUUUCAAUUAGUCCAUACAGUUUCUUCGAUGGUUUUGAAGAUUAUUUCAGAACUAUUCGUGAAAGACUUUUAGGUCGUUUCCUUGAAGCUGCUGAUACAUUCGAAUUAGAUCCAUCGAAAGCAAAUAGUACAUCCGAAACAAAGAUUAUUAAUGGACAUCGGGUUGAAAUUAAUAAUACCGUUUAUGUUGAUAAAGAUGAAAAUGGUAAUGAAAUUGUUAAAGUAAGAGUUGUACAUAUAAGACCAUUAGAUUUAGAAGAUGAUUCAACAACAAUUUCAUCAAUUAAUUCUGAUAUUAAUAAUAAUGGUGAUGAUGAUGAUGGUGAAAAAACAGUUAAACCAAAAGCUGAAGGUACAACAGCUGAACCAGAAUUUAAUAAUGAAAUUGAUUCACCGAAGAAUUCAACAGCUAAUUAUACAGAAACAGAAACAGAGCCUAUUAUUAAUUUACUUCAAGAUGAAAUAUCCGAUAUUUCAGAUAAUGAAAAUGUAAAAUAUAAAAUUUCAAAAAAAGAUAUACAACCAUUAUAUUAUGAAACAAUACCAACAGAAAGUUUGGCCGGAGAUCAACAGCCUGAUAUUGAUUCAAUUACUUAUAUAACAACAUUAAAAAAUGAUGAUAAUAUUGAAAAUGAAUUUAUUAAUCAUAAUGAUGAUGCUACUGUAAAUGAUUAUAAUAUAAUUAAUAUAAAGAAUUUAUCAAAUGAUAGUAUUAAUGUAGCUGGAGAAAAUGAUAAUAAUGAUGAGAAUAUAGAGGAAACUAAUAAAAAUAUUAAAGGUGAUAUGGAUUAUACGGAAGCAAAUGUCAAUUCAAAAUAUAAUUCAAAUGAUGAUAAUGAUGACAAUGAUGAUACUGAUGAUACCGAUGAUGAUGACGAUAUGGAUAUUGAUGAUGAUGAUAAUGAUGCUGAUGAUGAUGAUGAUGCCAAAAAUGAUAAUGAUAAUACAGAAACAAAUGAAAAUACUGAAUCUAAUGAAAAUGAAAGUGAUAUGGUAACAACAAUUAUAAAUAAUGAAUCAAAUGAUGAAGAAAACAUAAAUUCAAAUGAUAAUUUAGAUAAAAAAGAAAAUUAUUAUCAUCGUAGUCGUGAAAAUUUUUAUAGUUCUGAAGAGGAGGAACAUAGUAACAAUAACAAAUAUGAUAAUAUAAAAUAUGAAACAUUAAAUAAUGAAUGGUAUUUAACACCAGAAGAUUAUAAUAAUGAUAAAGAUAAUAAUUAUGAUAAUGAUAUUGAUACAUAUGAGAGUAUACCAAUUGAUUUAUCAAAUGACAUUAAUGUUAAUUAUAUUGCACAAAAGAAUGGUGUUAAAAUUGAUCCAGAUGCUGAAAUUUUUACACAAAAUAAUUAUAAUAAUUAUUAUGAUGAUGAUGAUAUUAAAAGUUUUGAUAUUGAACAACAAUCACCAUCAUUUUAUGAAGAAAGUUUAGAAGAAAGUAUUCAUAAUAAUAAUGGAAAUGAUAAUAGUAAUGAAAAUGAAAGUAAUGAUAAUAUAUCAGAACGGAAAAUUCCUAUAAAAUAAUGUAUAUAGGUUUUAUAAUCGAACAAAAUAUAAAUGUAUAUAAGCCCUAUUAUAAUAUAUAUAUAAAAAUAAUAUUUUUUUUUUAGGUUAAAUGAAAUUAGAUUAAUUAUUGUUAGAUUUUUACUUUGUAAAAUCAAAAUCUAUUAAAUAUUAAUUUAAUUACAAUAUAGAUGGUGACAACGAAAAGUGCAUUAGAACUAAAUUGAUAUACUCAAGGUAUUUAAUACUCAAUUUAAUUUAAUUAAAUUAAAAUUAUGUUUUAA